AAGAAGGGAGGAGGAGAAUAAGGUGGGGGACGAAGAGGAGGAGGAGUUCCUCACCUCAUUUCAUACAUAGUCGACUAUCUGUCUCUGACAGUAUAAUUAGAUCCCCCAGGCGCAGUUUUUAAAAAAUUUUUUUUUUAAAUCUAUCUAAAUUUUUUGUGCUGCAGUCGGAGCUGUGGCUGCGCCGCUGUGCCAGGCUCCACCGCUGAUGGGCGCGGCUCAAACCUGUGUCCAAAAACUCUGUUUUCACUUGUCUGGGAAAAGUUGAGCGAGGAGGCAACAAUAGGAGCGCAGGACUUUAAGAACAUCCCACCGACACCACCUCCACCACCAGCAGCGGCAGCAGUGCGCGUCAAGUUGUACUCUCUGUCUAACGCAUUAUUCCUUCUCCUCCUCCAGUGGAAGCAGCCGGACGGAGAGGAAACUGGGAUUUUCGCGUCUGUAGCUGGAGUUGUCUAAAGAUAAGAUGGGAUGGACGAGUUAACGAGACAGAUGGACUUCUUAGAAGACUUGUCUGGAGAGAGGGUUGUGACAGAAUCCGUUACGACCUCGACCAGACUGUCUUCCCUGCCUCCAAAGGGAACCAGCGGCUCAAAUCACAGAAUUAUGUCCAGCAGUGCUGGAGGGCUGGGCCUGGAGAAAAAUGUCUUAACCCAGAACAGCGGUGCGACCUACUUCUCCUCCUCCUCCGUUGGCAAUUUCAGCUCCUCCUCGGGAGUUUACCUAACGGGAGACUCCUCAGGGGGAGGUGAUGGUCUGGGGGGUUACUUAGAAGGUGAUGGCUACGGAAGUGGAGGAGGAACCGCAGGAGGAGGAAGCAGUUAUCAUGUGACGUCAGUGUCAAAGGUCAGGUCCAGUUCGUCUGGCGGGGGCAGGAGAGUGCAAACUGCUGGCUCGUCAGGCGGUCUGUCACCAGGCUUCAGGGAGAGGAAGAUCGUAUCCAGCCGCUCCGCAGGUUAUGAUGGAAGCUCAAGUGCUAAUUCUUCUCCAGAAUUCACGCGCAAGGAUUAUGGAAUCUACUGCUCCAGCGGUAGCAGAGGGAGGAGCGAAAGCCGAGAGAGCGAGAUCAGAGCCAGAUUACAAAGUGCUUCGCCCACGGCCUGCAGAUGGACCGAGCUGGACGAUGUGAAGAAGCUGCUGAAGGGACGUUCCAGCAGCGUCAGCCCCACUCGCUCCUCCAGUGCCUCCAUCACACUUCCUGUUCCUAAAAAGGCCAGCUCAGACGUCAAGACCGUCUCCGUGGCCACACAGUCUGUUUCAACAUUGGGCUCUGGUGUGAGAACCGGUGCCUUCAACGCCGUCGGUACCUCAGGCCUGUACGAUACCGGUCUAGGGUCUGGGCAGUUUGAUACUGGAACCAAAUCAAGCCAGUAUGAUGUCACUGUGGUAUCAGGCCAAUAUGACACUGGUGUAAAAUCAGGCCAGUAUGAUGCCGGUCUCAGGUCAGGACAGUACGAUACUGGCGUCAGUAGUAUAAAACACGGCCAGUAUGACACCAGCAGCAGCAUGCGAUCAGGGCAGUAUGACACCAGCAGGUCAGGCCAGUACGACCUGCUGGACGCUGCACUACCAGCUUUCACUUGGUCCACCACCACGCUGCCUGCCGCCGGCACAGUGGCCACUGGGGGUACUAGCAGCUACAGCUACCAGGUCAGCACCAACAACAGGUCAGGAGCAGCUGUGGCAGUCUCCCCAACCUCACCCUCCUCUCUGUCAGUUUAUGGCUUCCAGAAUAAUCUGGCACCCACAUCUGUCAGUGUGCUGACCACCAGCGGAGCCAACGUCAAUGCUAACCUGGGAGGAUAUGGUGUUCAGAAGAACGUGUCUGGCAGUGGUGUUGUCAGCUCAGGGGUGUCAACAACCACCAGGUCUCAGGCAGAGGAAACGUACAAGAAUAGGUACGUGAUCUCUGAUAAGGAGAACGUUUCAGCCAAGAGGGAAGCAGAGAUGCUGAUUCUGGCCAAAGACAGUGGCAAACAGUUCACCACCGGUGGCAGCAGUGUUCACAUAGGAGGAGGCUCAAUUUCUGGAGAUUCCAUAAAAAAAGAGAAGAUCCUUUCCAGCUAUAGUGAGACGGCUCCUCUGAAGACGGAGACACACGGUCCCUACUACGGAUCUGGAGUUGUGAUGAAAGACAAAGCUACCUAUGCAGAGAUUCACAGAGACAGCGGUAUUUUCGGAGGCGGGGGAUUCUGCUGCUGCUCUGAUGCUUGUUGCUCCUGGUGGAAAUGGCUGCUGGGACUUCUCCUUCUUGGCCUUCUCCUGCUGGGACUCCUGUUUGGACUCAUUGCACUGGCUGAGGACGUGAGGAAGCUAAAGAAUCGAGUGUCGACUUUGGAGGCUGAGUCUUCUGUCGCUGCUGCACGUACCAGUCGACUGUCAGGAUCUUCUUCAACCAUUAACAUCGCAGGAGCAGGAGCAGGAGCAGGAGCAGCAGGUGGAGGUGGUUCCCACACUGACAACACAUUACUUUAUGCUGGAGGUGGAGGUGCAGGUUCGGGCACCAGUUCACGCAUUGGAAUAGCUGCAGGAACUGGCAGCUCCUCAGGUAGCAAUGGCAACGAAAUCGGUGUUGGUGUUGGGGUUGGAGCUGGAGCCGGUGGCACAGCAGGCGGUGCUGGUGGGUCCAGUGGUUCUGGAAGUACUGGAGUUUCCGGUGGUUCUGGAGGUACCAGUGGCUCCAGAGUUUCCAGUGGCACAAGUGUUUCCAGUGGAACCAGUGUUGGAGCAGGAACCUUGGGUGGUGCUGGUGCUGGUACUGGUGGUGGUACUGGGACCAGCUCUGGCGGUGCCGUCUUGAGUGGAAGUGCGGGCAGUACUGGCUCUGGUUACGGCGGAGGAACCGGCUUUGGGACUAUUGUUUUGAGUGGAGGACAGGUCGAUACUGCUGCUCUCCACAUGAUGAUUCAGCACAUGCUCAGAACAGAGAUGCAGUCAGCAACAUUCAGAGGUAACACACAUACACACUUGGGUUUGUAUAUUGGAUAUUUUUGUUGUAAUUGUAUCUGUGUCCUGUUUCUACGAUUUAAUGAGAGUGUGUUUCUGUUCUUAGUUUAUGGCUUCCAGAAUAAUCUGGCACCCACAUCUGUCAGUGUGCUGACCACCAGCGGAGCCAACGUCAAUGCUAACCUGGGAGGAUAUGGUGUUCAGAAGAACGUGUCUGGCAGUGGUGUUGUCAGCUCAGGGGUGUCAACAACCACCAGGUCUCAGGCAGAGGAAACGUACAAGAAUAGGUACGUGAUCUCUGAUAAGGAGAACGUUUCAGCCAAGAGGGAAGCAGAGAUGCUGAUUCUGGCCAAAGACAGUGGCAAACAGUUCACCACCGGUGGCAGCAGUGUUCACAUAGGAGGAGGCUCAAUUUCUGGAGAUUCCAUAAAAAAAGAGAAGAUCCUUUCCAGCUAUAGUGAGACGGCUCCUCUGAAGACGGAGACACACGGUCCCUACUACGGAUCUGGAGUUGUGAUGAAAGACAAAGCUACCUAUGCAGAGAUUCACAGAGACAGCGGUAUUUUCGGAGGCGGGGGAUUCUGCUGCUGCUCUGAUGCUUGUUGCUCCUGGUGGAAAUGGCUGCUGGGACUUCUCCUUCUUGGCCUUCUCCUGCUGGGACUCCUGUUUGGACUCAUUGCACUGGCUGAGGACGUGAGGAAGCUAAAGAAUCGAGUGUCGACUUUGGAGGCUGAGUCUUCUGUCGCUGCUGCACGUACCAGUCGACUGUCAGGAUCUUCUUCAACCAUUAACAUCGCAGGAGCAGGAGCAGGAGCAGGAGCAGCAGGUGGAGGUGGUUCCCACACUGACAACACAUUACUUUAUGCUGGAGGUGGAGGUGCAGGGUCGGGCACCAGUUCACGCAUUGGAAUAGCUGCAGGAACUGGCAGCUCCUCAGGUAGCAAUGGCAACGAAAUCGGUGUUGGUGUUGGUGUUGGGGUUGGAGCCGGAGCCGGUGGCACAGCAGGCGGUGCUGGUGGGUCCAGUGGUUCUGGAAGUACUGGAGUUUCCGGUGGUUCUGGAGGUACCAGUGGCUCCAGAGUUUCCAGUGGCACAAGUGUUUCCAGUGGAACCAGUGUUGGAGCAGGAACCUUGGGUGGUGCUGGUGCUGGUACUGGUGGUGGUACUGGGACCAGCUCUGGCGGUGCCGUCUUGAGUGGAAGGGCGGGCAGUACUGGCUCUGGUUACGGCGGAGGAACCGGCUUUGGGACUAUUGUUUUGAGUGGAGGACAGGUCGAUACUGCUGCUCUCCACAUGAUGAUUCAGCACAUGCUCAGAACAGAGAUGCAGUCAGCAACAUUCAGAGCUUUCGUAGCUAACUCAGCUCAGGGCGAGCGAGGACUUCCUGGUCCUAAAGGUGAAAGUGGAUAUCCUGGAAUUCCAGGUCCUCCAGGCCAUGAAGGGCCUAAAGGGCAGAAGGGAAGCCAAGGUGAAGCUGGUGAACAAGGCCUGAGAGGUCGUGAAGGUCAGACUGGCCCCCGAGGUGAGCCAGGUCCUCCAGGAUUUGGAAUGAAAGGAGACAGAGGUUCUCCUGGAGAUCUCGGACCUGUCGGCCCAGCUGGACCAAAAGGCCCAGCAGGAACUCCUGGCCUUGCAGGACAACCUGGUUCUCAGGGUUUCCGUGGCGAGGCAGGACCACCUGGACCUAAAGGAGACAGAGGACUUCCUGGAUUCCAAGGAGCUAAAGGUGACCCAGGUGACAAGGGUAUCCGGGGUAUGCAAGGUGACCCUGGUUUACCUGGUCUUGUUGGACCAGCUGGAGAAAAAGGAGCCAAAGGAUCAGCAGGAGUGUCUGGACAAGAUGGAGCGAAAGGAUCAAGAGGUGACCAAGGACAUUCUGGUCCCCCUGGACUCAGAGGUCCUGCUGGUCCCCCAGGAGAUUCUGGAAUUCCAGGAACACCUGGAUUACAAGGACCACCAGGAAUACCAGGAAACCCAGGACAACCAGGAAGCAAAGGCGAGACAGGUCCACCAGGGAGAAUCAUCAACGCAGCCGGUUCCUCAUCUGUUGGCAUCCCCGGACCACCUGGGCCUGCUGGUCCUCCUGGUCCUGCUGGACCUCCUGGUUUAUCAGGUCCCAUUGGUCCUGCAGGUCUGCCAGGUCAGCCUGGUCCUAAAGGUGACAGAGGAUAUAAGGGAGACCAGGGUGAAGCUGGCGUGACAGCGAGAUUGACUGAGUCUGUUUCAUCCAGCAGGACUGAGAGUCAGUUUGGAGCCAGUGGAUCCUCCAGACUAUCUGGACAACCUGGCCCACCAGGUCCACCUGGACCUCCUGGACGUCCAGGUGAUUCCAGGCCAGGACCUCCAGGACCACCUGGACCUCCAGGUCCAACAGGUUAUGGUAGACCAGGGCCUAAAGGAGAAAAGGGAGACCCAGGUUUUUCAUCCAGCUCUGGAACAGGAACAUAUUACACCGGACAACCAGGUCCACCUGGUCCACCUGGACUGCCUGGGACUAAAGGAUCAACAGGUUCUCCUGGACCAAGAGGCUAUCAAGGUGAACCAGGUCUGCCAGGAAGACCAGGAACCUCUGAGAGAGUAUCUACCCAUACUGGAGGACAUGCAAUCCCUGGACCUCCUGGUCCACCAGGGCCCCCCGGACGUCCAGGACCACAAGGAUUCAAGGGUGAACCUGGAAUUCCAGGCUCUUCAGGUGCCAUUUCUGUCACUUCAGGACCUCCAGGUCCUCCAGGUCCCCCUGGACCUCCUGGAUCUUUCUCAAGUUCUAGUGAAAUGCGGCAGUAUAUUGUGGACUACCUCAGCAGAAGCAGGCAGUCCGGUAUUCCAGGACCUCCAGGUCCACCUGGGCCUCCAGGAGUACCUGGAACUUUCACUGGCUCCAUUGAGGACAUCUCUGCUCGUAUCAUUGCAUACCUACAGAGGUCAGGAUCAAGUUCAGGCCUUAGCAUUGGAGUCCAGGGUCCUCCAGGACCACCUGGACCCCCAGGACCUGCCUCUGGAUUCCAGUCAGUCAAUGACCUCAUUAUCAUGCUUCAGAGGGAAGAUGUGAGGAGGUAUUUGUCAGGACCACCAGGGCCGCAGGGACCACCAGGACCACCAGGGGCAUCAGUUGGACUUUCUAGCAGUUACAGUGUAGAAGAGGUGGCCACUUACAUCUUCAAUAUCAUGAAUGACAGAGGAAUUGCUAGAGGACCACCUGGACCCCCUGGCCCCGCUGGUCCUCCAGGACCAACUAGUGCAAGAGGCACCGGCUACAGCAGCAUAACAAUCGACUAUUCGGCACUGAUGAAAAAUUCAGACUUCCGUUCCUGGAUUACAUCUGCUGUGCAACAAGGUGCUCCUGGUUCUCCAGGCCUCCCAGGUCAACCUGGUCCUCCUGGGCCUCAGGGGCCUCCUGGAGUCUCCACUGCCACCGUUAUUGGAGCAGGAAAUCGUGGCUAUAGCCUGGAGGACAUUCAGCGUUAUCUGCAAGGUUCUGGCUUCAGAGGUCUUCCUGGUCCUCCUGGUCCUCAGGGCCCCCAGGGACCACAGGGUCCACCGGGCGGUUCCAGCGGCUCAGUCACAUACACUGGAAGCUUCCCAAGGGAGAGCAUCCGUGCUGAGGUUCAGGAGUACCUGACCAGUGACAAUGUUCGUCGUUACAUCACUGGACCACCAGGACCUCAAGGACCAAGGGGUCAGAAAGGAGAGCGUGGAGAUCCAGGUCACGUUCAGGGCUACGCACAGAGUCAGAGCUACACUCACGGUGACUCUCGCCAAACCUCUGACCAAAGAGCGUUCAUCAGCAGGCUCACUGAGAAUCUGGACUACUCCAAUGUCGCUCUGAAGGUCACCGACUACAUCAAGAAUCAAGGGUUGUUGCAGGAAUAUCGUAUCGAUGGCAAUUCUAAAACCAAUGUGAGAGCCAUUCAGGGCCCACCCGGUCCCCCCGGUCCUCCAGGACCACCUGGGUACAGCCGCGUCAUCGGUUCCUACGGCAACAUCACAGCUGAUCUCAUGGACUUCUUCAGAAUCCAUGGCACCAUCCCUGGACCCCCAGGAAGCGCCGGACCAAAGGGAGACAGAGGGUACCCAGGACCCAGAGGAGAAAAGGGUGACCCUGGGCAGCCAGGUUUACCAGGAUUACCAGGGGCGUACACCAUCCAGAUUCCACACGGAGUGCAGAAGAGAGACUCAGGCACCGAGUUGAAUGUCCGUCACAGACGCCAUCAUCGUCAGGCCGGCGGAGCUUAAAUGGUUCACGUACUACUGGAUGAUAUCAGAUUUACUUUUUUUUUUCUUAGGUUUCUACCAUAGCAAUGCAAUAAGUUGAUAUAGUUCUCAUCUGCAGAACAAUAACAAGAACAAUCUUUGAAAAAUCAUGUGGCCAAAAAAAAAAAACCAGCAGUCUUUUUAAACACUUUAGUAGAGAUAAGGCUUAGCUGCCGGUCAGUAUUAUUGUCAGACAGGCAUUUUUUGGGGGUGUGUAUAAAGUUUACUGUGCUUUUUUAGAGGCUGGCUUUGAAAUGUUUUUGCCGGGGCUGCAGAGUUUCAGAGCGUCUGUUUCUCUUAAUGAACAAUCGUGUUUUUAAACUGAACAUUUUCCACUGCUUGUGUGACUUCAGUAUCUGGUGUAUUUUUUUUUUAUCAUUACAGUUGUAUUAUUAUUUCUUCACAAGGGUUAUAUUGUACUGAGGACUAUAUUCUGCAGCGUGUUUUAUUGAUUUGAACAGUAACAGUACUUUCUUUGUAUUAUCUACAUUACUCAAGCCAAAAUCCUGCCAUUGCAAUCCCAUUUAAUCUCAUACAAAUAACAAAAUAGUAUACACUUUUAUAUUGUAAAAAACAAAAAACAAAUAUGAUUUUAAGAAGUGGACUCCCAAUUUGAGUGAAGGUCAUUUGUUCAGCACAUUUAUUUGUGGUCAGUGUCGGUUGGCAUACUUGAAUGGUUUUUUUAAAAAAAAAAUGAAUGAGUGAAUCCCAUUGUUGACCUGGUUUAAGACAUAAUCCCUUCGAUUUUUGUACAAGACAUUUAAGUGUUUGAAAAGAUUAAAUUAUAAAUGUUUCCAGAUUAUGUUUUUAAUAAUCGAUCCUUCUCACGUUUGAUUGCUACAGUUAAAAGCAAGUUCAAAUAAAUAUAUUUUUUAGAAGUGUGAGUCUUAAUGUUUCGUCCUAAAAGUAUCAUCAGGAUAAUAAUGAAAAAACUGUCCGAGUAAAGUCGAUAUUUUAUUUACAAUGUCAAUUUGUGAAGACAUUUUUAAUACAUUUAAUUUGACAUUAGAAAUGCAUAUGCUAACAAUGUUCAUUGUUAGAAAAUGACAACGUAAAGACACUUUAAAUGCUGUAACUUAACAAAAAUAUAAUAAUAAAAAACCCCAACCAUUUGGAA